ACCGGCAAUUCAGCACAUCACUAAGGGAUGAAGAAUUGCAGUUUUUUGCUAUUGCUUGUUAAUUUUUGCGUAAAUUUUUAAUUAUUUAAUUAUACAUAAAAUCACUUUGCGAAAUGUCAGGACAGUAUCCUAGCGGUUAUAAUAGUCCGCUUGGUGGCCAUCGUGGUCAAUUUAAUCCACAACAGCAACAGUCCCCCCAAAUGAUGAAUCAUGGAAUGGGACAGAAUACAAUGAUCGCCGGAGCGGCUGGUGGACAAAUAAGUGCUGGCAGUGGUGGUAUGAUGCCCAUGGGUGGUUACCAUCCCCAACAGCAACAAAUACCGAGUGGUAUGGGCAUGAGCGGACCGGGAAGUCUAAUGAACACACCAAUGAAUAUACAACAACAGCAGAUGCAGCAGCAUGUACAGAUGGUGCAAGGUGGCAGUGGAGGUCCACCAGUAAGUACUGGCAUGAUAGGUGUUGGGCCUGGGAUUGGCGCGGUCUCCACGAGUAAUAUCAUACAACAUGCACAGCAACAGCAAAUAGCAAUUGGCAUGCAACAGCAGGCACAGAUGACGGGAACUAAUCCGGUAGGGAUAAUGCAUGCCCAACAAACUACACCACAAACCGCAGCCGCUACUGGCAGCAAUAUGUUAGCUAUUUCACAGCCAAAUCCUCAUAAAGAAAUCAAUAUUGUAGCUUUAUCGCGAUUAGGUCAAGAAACUGUUCAGGAUAUAACAUCACGUUUUCAGGAGAUAUUCACUGCACUGAAAAUCAUACAACCGACUGCAAACCGGGAUAACAAUACUGAGAAAAAAGUACAAGAAUACUUUCGUACCAUUAGAUUAUUAUUCAAGCGUGUACGCAUUAUUUAUGAAAAAUGUAAUGACGGGUACCCUCAUGGUAUGGACUACACUAACGUUGAGAGUUUGAUAACCUACAAGGAGGAACAGCCAGAUCAUCGCACCGAACCCGCACAAUGCGAUGAAUAUCGUAAGGCGCUACAAGAAAAUCAGGAACUAAUCGAAACAGUCAGAUUAAAAAAUCGACAAUUACGCGAAAUAAUAGACCGUACUCGUAUAAUUAUUUGGGAAAUAAACACGAUGUUGGCAAUGCGUCGGUCAUAAUAUAGACACAUAUAUCUAAGGCUUCUGAGGUGUAGUGGUUAGCAGUGCGCGCUACCAAUCCACAAGGCCUGGGUUCAAGCUCGGCUUCCGGCCAACAUCAAAAAAUAGAACAUAAAA